CCACACUUUGUACGCCCGCUUACACAAAUUCCUAUUCUCUUUUUUCCCCUCCUUCCUUUUCCACCCUUUCUACUUUUGCUAAGCUUGUGAAGUUCAUCAUGCGUGAAGAUAUGAUCAAGUCUGCCGUUUCCUUCUUAUCGGAUCCGAAGGUGCAGUCUGCGGCCUUGGCCAAGAAGGUCUCAUUUUUGGAAUCCAAAGGCAUGACAUCCGAAGAAAUCGAAGAAGCCAUGUCUCGUGUCAGCGGCAAAUCCACCGGCGCAUCCACUGCCGUAACUACCACAGCAGCGCCUGGAGGAACGCCUGGCGCAGUCACCACUACUGUUCCCGGAGGUAUGGUCGUGCAAACUGCUCCGCCGCCCGUCCCACAGAGAUUAUCGUACGAUUGGCGUGAUGUCUUUAUCGCUGCGGUAUUAGCCGGUGGCGUCAGUUACGGUGUAUGGACUUUGGCCAAGAAAUUGUUUGGUCCAUGGUUCAAGGUGCCUACGCAAAAGGAAUUGGAAGAAGAUAAAGAAAAGUUGGAUGCUCAAUUCCAAGCUGUGGAGGAUUCUUUGAAAGACAUUAAAGACCAGACCAACGAGGCAUUGACGACGGUAUCGAGUCAGUCCAAGAAGGUGGAAGAAUCAUUGGAAAGUUUGGAAGGUGUAUUGAAGGAUCUCAAGGAAGGUGAUGCAUCUCGAGAUAAGGAAUUUGAAAAGGUCAAGGGAGAUGUUGAUUCUUUGAAAGAAUUGGUACCAAAGAUGUUGGACCGCAACAAAGAAGCGCAGGCAGCUAUCUUGAAUGAUCUCCAGAACGAAAUUAAAUCGCUCAAAUCAUUGAUGUUGAGCCGACGACCUACCACGCCCGGAUCUUCGUUGCUUGAGCAGGGAUCAAGCAGCAACCCCAUCCAGUCCCCAAGUACCCCCGGUGCAAGCACCGAUGGCUUGUCUCCUCGAUUGGCCGCUACGUUGAACGCUGGCAACCGACCGGGUAUUCCCGCUUGGCAAAUGGCCGCAGCCUCCAAGGCCAACGCCACCGCCAGUUCCGAAGCCAACAAACCUGCUGAAUCAACCGAAUCCGCCGAAGCAGCAUAAACUGAGACUGAAAAGAAAAGGAUAUUGCAACUUGCUACAAAAGUAAAGCCAUUUCUAAAAUAGAUUCUAUGGAUACCAAAUCAAGAGGAAUAAAAUCGAUGGAAUGAAACUCUAUAAGAAUCAGAAAAAAAUACCAGUUUAUAUGAUCA